UUAGACGGCUCUUUGUCAUUGGCAGAGGAGGUCUGACUGACCCACUUCAUUGAAUGGACUUUACAGUGCAUUGCGAAUAGAUGCGCUUCACAACAUCGAUAACGAUGAACGCUGAUUUGACGUUGUUUAUUGUAUUCAUCUGUUUAGGUUUUAUUUACGCUAAAUCUCAGCUGGUAUCUUCUUGCCCCAGCGGACAGUUCUUGCUUAAAAAUCAGUGCGUUUUAUGUCACCCCACCUGCGCGGAGUGUGAUGGUCACGAGUUAUUCGAGUGCACUGUAUGUGGUAUAGAUGAGGACGGAAAGGAUCGCUUCCUAUAUCAGGGCCACUGCAGACUUCACUGUCCACGGGAAUUUUAUCCAGACCGGGACCUGUACACCUGUCUUCCGUGUAUGCCCAACUGUGAGAUCUGUGCGGAUCCCAAUGUGUGUGCCAAAUGCAAGGGGGGCUACAAGCUUCAGAAUGGCGUCUGUCUGACGGUCCUCUGUGAAGUUGGCCAGGUUCAAGACCCAGAUACUGAGGAAUGUAUAGACUGUGGUGUAGGCUGUAAAACAUGCUCUAUAGAUGACCCAGAAGUUUGCAACAGCUGUACGAAUGGCUAUUACCUAUACAGACACCAGUGUCGUCAACACUGUCCCCAGAGAACCUACGAGGACCGUGCUAGAGGACUGUGCAUGAGCUGCCCUGAACCAUGCGUGGACUGUCGGAGCGAUGCUUUGUGUCUUUCGUGCCAGUCUGGAUACUUCCUGAACAAUGGCAGCUGUGUCAAAGAAUGCCCAGCAAACACGUAUAAAGACACCAGAGGGUGGCGCUGUCAACCAUGUCACAGCUCCUGUUUGACGUGCCGUGGUCCUGGAGUGAGAGACUGUGACAGAUGCAGUGGCUGGAGUCGUCCAGUGUAUGGAAAAUGUCCAGUGGUCAACUGUCUGGAGGGCCAAUUUGUUGAUAGUGAGAGUCGCACCUGCCGUUAUUGUGAUCCAUCCUGCAGGACAUGCUACGGCCCCAGAGCUCAGAACUGCAUCACCUGUGCUACUGGGUUCAUGUUGGAAGCACAGGAGUCAGUGUGUGUGGACCGCUGUCCUCUGGGUUUUUAUGGGAACAGCUCCAGUCUGCUGUGUGAGAGAUGUUCGGCUAACUGUGAUGCCUGUGAAAGCAGAGAUGAGUGUGUGAGCUGUAAUGCAGACGUAUAUCAGCUCUAUCUCUUUCAGGGUACCUGCUAUUCAAACUGUCCUGAUGGUUAUUUUGAAACAGAUCUGGGGGCAUGCGAAGCCUGCGAUGAUCUCUGCCUGACCUGUGACGGCACAAGCACGCAGUGUCUUUCGUGCCGAGAAGGCCUUCAUCUGGCUAACGGGCAGUGCAGGCAAAACUGCGCCCCCAUGAGUUAUAUUGGUGAAGAUGGCACAUGCAAACGUUGUGCACCUCAUUGUGAUUUCUGCACCAGUUUUGACACCUGUACAAGAUGCAGCUUUCUCUAUUUACUCUUAAACGGUGAAUGUAAGGCUGUCUGUCCAAAAGGUUACUUUGAGGAUUUGGACCAGGGCGUCUGCGUGAGCUGUCAUCCCACCUGCGCCGCCUGCUCCGGUCCUCUAUCUGAUGACUGUGAAACCUGCUCUCCUCUCACCCCGAAACUUUAUGAGGGCACAUGUUUUAAGGAGUGUCCGGCGGGCACAUAUUAUCACACCUCUGAUAAGGAAUGCCAAGAAUGUCACCAGACCUGUGCCCGGUGUGAAGGUCCUGAGCCCACCCAGUGUCUUCAGUGUGAAAAGAAUCUGGUGCUGGACCCCAACACCAUGAUGUGUGGAGUUACCGGAGAAUCUGACUGCCCACCUAAAACAUUUCUUCAAAACAACCAAUUCACGUGCCAAGCGUGCCAUCGGCUUUGUCAGUCUUGCGAGGGCCCCGGGCCUUUUGACUGCCAGACCUGUGCCAUACCAAAUUACCUUUAUAAUGGGUCGUGUGUGACCAAGUGUCCCGCGGGGACUUACAGUGCCCAUGAGGAGGCAGAUGGGGUAGAGCUGGGUUUCUGUAUGCCCUGCGAUCACGUAUGCGGCACAUGUACGGGAUCAUCUCCUCGAGACUGCCUAAUUUGCGCGCCGGGCUACCUUCACCUGCUGUCUCAUCUCUGCGUGAGCCACUGUCCUACAGGGUACUACAGCUCAGGUGAGCGUUGUGAGAGGUGUGACCGCUCCUGUGAGCAGUGCACAGGUCCAGGACCGGAUGCGUGCAGGGUGUGCACACCUCCUCUGCUAGAUCUGCAAGGUACCAGGCAGUGUGUUGAGCAAUGCCCACAACGCUUUUAUGAGAACGGGCACAGCUGUGCGCAGUGCCACACCAGCUGUCGAUCCUGCACAGAUAACACUCCACAGGGAUGUUUGACAUGUGACUGGGGCAGUGUCUUGCAAGAUGGGGUUUGUUACCCUCGCUGCGAAGAAAGGCGCUAUUAUUCCCAGGCUGGGGUUUGUGAGCCCUGUGAUGAGUCUUGUAAACACUGUUCUGGUGCUGGACCCCGGAGCUGCGUAACUUGUCAUCCAGGUUUCGCACUGCAUGUGGUUGACAGUCAGUGUUUGCCCUGCUGCCAGUCUGGAGAAAAGGCGAAGAACUGUUGUCUCUGUGAUUCAGGUUCAGCAUUGUGUCUUGAAGCCCCGGUACAAAGUGAAAACCAGGACAAGGUCGUUCAAAGGUCCCAGGCAAUACAGCACUCAUCUGCGGCCCUACCCGCCAUCCUCCUGCUAGUCGUGGUCCUGUCGCUUGUCGUCUUCGUCCUGGUCCAGGCCCGGGCCAAGAAGAGGUUAUGCUGGAGACGGAGCUACGAAAGAUUGAGCGGGGUGGCCACAACACAGCCUGACAAUCGGCCAAUGCCUCACGGUGUACCAGAACCAGACGACAGUGGUGAUGAGGUGGACGUGGUCUACACCAGUCGAGACGGAUCUGUUUAUCGGCGUUACGGCUUCGUCCACGAACCAGAUACGGAAGAGGAGCAGGAAGAAGAUGAGGAUAACGAAAACACACACCUGAAUAAAGCCUAAAAUACGGUUGCUAACCCUAAUACAUGCACACUUCAGUGGUCAAAACCCAUUGGAUUGGAAGACGAUAAAGCUAGUCUGUGUAAUAUUACCCGCUAGUACUUUUAUUUCUAUACUAUAUAUAUUUAUAUGGGCGUCGCCAGUGACUAUAUAGAUGAUGAUUAUGUAUUGAAAUGUCUUAAUUAACCAUGUGUUUCAAUACUGUAUAUAUUUUUCAGACUUUACAAAUUAUCGCCAGUGCCUAUAUAGAUGAUGAUGAAUAUAAAUUGAAAUAUGUCCUUUAAAGGCAGGGUGCAUGAUUUCUAAAAGCCAAUGUUGACAUUUGAAAUCACCUAAACAAGCACGGCCCUACCCCAAUAGAAUCUGUACCUUCUUUUGAUAGACCCCGCCCCACACAUACGCAACCCAGACAACAGUGUCGGUUAGUAGACACGCACCUUACUGCCGAUUGGCUACAAGUGUGUUUUGGUACUCGGCCCGACUCCAAAAAUCAUGCACCCCGCCUUAAACUCUGUGUUCCAUAUGCGACACUAUUUGUCUAUAAAGUGUUACCAAACAUUGUUUUUGGGUACAGUUCGAAGCAUAUUUUAUUAAUAAAGAUUCAAUAUAUGUAAAAAGCCA